UUCAGAAUUCAGAGUAUUUUUCAUAAUCUGUGACAUAAACCAGCGUAAUAUUUAGCGUCUAGUGUAAAAAUAGUAAAAAGUAGACGUUCUCCUUGCUUUUACUUGAACUUAUUUUUUAUCACUUUUGCAAGUUUCAUAAAAUGAAAAUACACUUAUUUUCUCACGUUACAUAAAGUAAUUGACAAGGUUAUGGAAAAGUAUCUUACACUACGAGUUAUAAAGACCGAAACGGUGGAGUUCUAAUAUUUUUAUUGGUCUAUCACAAUUUAUAUUAUAAUCAACAUUCUACAAUAAUGGGAAAAUUAAAAGCUUGUAGAAUUUGUUUACAAAUGGACUUGAGGCUGGAAAAUAUACAAUCCAACUUUUUGGGACUAUAUUAUGAAAUAAUUACGGGGUUGAACCUAAAUUUAAACGAAUUACCGGGAUAUUUUUGUUAUCAAUGUGCUGCUUUAUUGAAGAAAUUUUAUUCAUUUAGACAGAAAAGUCUUAAAGGUUUAGAAAUUCUGCAGAGUGUUAUGGAGACUUAUGGCAAGAUUACAGAAGAUAGUGUGAGAAAAAUGGAACAGAAAAGUUCUUGUUCAAAAUCUGGCUUGAGUACUUUUAAUGGUUUUUCAAUAAAUAUUUUGCCUGACGGAGUUAAAGAAGAUACAAUGGUAAAUGAAAUGAAUGUAUCUAUUGAAGCCAGCCAUGAUUUUACAAAUGAUAAUACUGCCUUAGACUUAUACAACCUAAUCAAAGAAGAGCCUUGUGAAAAACUAAAUAGUGACAUUGAUGAAAGUUAUGAAGAUUGGUUAAGUGAUGAUGAGCCUCUUGCAGUACACAAGAGUAUAAAAAAGAAAAUAGAAAAGAAAAAGACUGUCAAAAAAGAAAUAAAGGAAGAAACAAUGGAGCUACCAAAAACAAAAACCUCAAAAUUGAAAAAAUCCAUAAAAGUGAAUAAGAAACCAGUUAAACUUUUAAGAAAAGAUGUAAUUCAACCAAAACAAAUGCAAGAUUUCAAUUUUGAGAGCUAUGUCGAUGUCAUCACACUUACGGAGGAAGAACAAAAAGAAGAAAUAAGUAAACGUAAAGAAUCAGAAAAUUACCAAAGUGCACCGUUUAAAUGCGAGUUGUGUUUUAAAGUUUUUCUGGACACACAAACCUGGCAACACCAUAUGAAGAAACACGAUAUGUCGUCGGGCCGUGUGCAAUGCGAAAUAUGUAAGUUGCGUUUCAAGUCGCAACAUUGUCUUAACAAACAUAUAAUGUGUCACGCGAAGAAGUACAAAUGCAAAUACUGCCCAUACGUUUCGCGAAACACGACACAAGCGUGGAAUCAUGUAUUUUGGCAUCAAGGGGUUACGUAUAAGUGUCCGCAUUGCGAAGAAAUGUUUUCCCAAUGGACGUCGUAUUUAAGCCACGUGCGAAUAAAGCAUCCAUCGGACUACAUCUGCCCUCACUGCGGAUACUCCUUCGUGUCACAACACGGUCUAAACAUGCACAAGAGUUUAAUGCACCGCGGUGUCGCUGACCUGAAUGAAGACAACAAGGACCUGCCGUUCUGUUCGUCUUGCGACAUGAAGUUCGCAUCGGAGGAGGCUCACAAGCGACACUUGGUGACAGCAAAAAAACAUAUACUGGACUCUGAGAAGAAGAAUGGGUGUCGCGAAUGCGGUGAAAAGUUCUCUAGUAUUGACGAACUGCGAACACACUCGCGUACUGCGCACACGCACAAAGCGUGCGAGGCCUUGCUUCAACGAUAUAAACGGAACUCUGAUAGUCGCACUUGGCCCACUAAAUGCCCGCAUUGCUCUGAAGAAAUAGCAAACGCACGUCAGUACUGGUCGCACUUUAGACGGAACCACCCCGACGAAGUUUAUCCUGUAGAGAAGAAAUAUAUCUGUGACAUCUGUGGAAAGUCAUUCCGUGGAAAUGCCUUCCUGACCUAUCACAAGCGGAUCCAUACCGGUGAAAAGCCCUUCAAAUGCAAGCAAUGUGAUAAAAGUUUCUUUAACCGAACUAAUCUUCUGAUGCACGAGAAAACACAUUCUGAACAGCGGCCUUAUAUCUGCUGUGUUUGUGGAAAAGGCUUCAAGAGUAAAGGGGCACUUGAUAGGCAUUUCCGGUGUCACACGGGCGAUAGACCAUACAAAUGUGAACUGUGCGGUAAAGCCUUCGCCCAAUCCAAUAGUUGUAAGGUCCAUGUGCAUACAGUACAUCUUAAGCAGCCCUCGCCAUACAUCAGCCGUGCUAGACUUCAGAAGAGGGUUAAGAAUUUAGCAGCGGACAAACAACCUGUAUUAUAUUGUACAUAAGUUUAGUAUAACAUCUUGAACACUACUGAAUUAAUAUGUAUUUUUUAUAAGUGUGACAUUUGUGUUAUUGAGUAUUGAAUUUGUUUAUUGUAUUGUAUGAUUUGUGAGUUUAGUAUUAUAAGCAGUGAUAAUUUUAUUAUUGAACGAACGCACUAGAUGGCGCUGCAAGCAAUAAAAACAAUAGUGUAGUUUUCGGCAAUAUUCUGGGAGAUAUGAAUGUAAAACGAAAGACGUUGAUUGUCCGCUCCUUUCGAUUGUGAUUGCUCAACCGUGUUUGACAGAUGCCAAGCGUUCGCGUCAACGCAGUGAUUAGUCAUUUCCCCAUUCACAUUGACCACUUUAAAUAUUUAAUUUUAAAGAAUGUUUAAUGUAUAUUGUGAAAUAGUAGGCUAUCAAUUAAUAAUAAUUUAUUUUAUAUUAAAUGCUGUAGAAAUAAACUUUUAAAACAAAUUUAGAUUGUUUUACAUAAAAGAUCACCAUGUUAGUUACAAGGCCUCCGGUGCCUCCUUUAAUUGAAUAUGUAGCUUUAAGUCAACAAAAAGUUAAUUAAUAAUAAAACACAAUAAAGACAAACUUAUAGUGAAAUGUCACUCACUGAAACUAAGCGGCCGUUUCCCUAACCCAGAUUAAAAACAUACUUAUGUCGUAUAUAGCAUAAAACUUUUAAAUAUUAAAAACGGAUAGGGCAAGGAAUCUUUGAUUUAUUUCUUCUGUCUUGUAUUUUCAACACACAUUUUUAUGUGCAAUUAAAUUUUAUGAUUGCAUUUGUAAAAUAAUAUGUAUUAUUUGAUAUAGAGAUGAUUAAGUCGGAAAAACUACUCGAAUUAACUAAAUAACUCUUCAUUUAGAGACCGUUACCAAGUUUGUAAUUAGC